AUCAAGAAACCAUUCCCCAGGAGCGCAUCUUGGGGACCUAUAUAUUCUCAGUCUGGCACUCACUUCAUCACUUCAAUUCUCUCUGUUUUCUCUGAAAAGAAAAAAGAAUGGCCGCCAGACUCGUCUUCCACAACGUCUCUCUAGAUCCCAACCCGGGAAUCGGAAUUCUCUUCGUCCGAGUGAUCUCUAAGGUCUCCACGGCCGCCGGGUCUGCUGUCGGGGGCGUUUACACCGCCCAGCCCAUUGUCUUCAACCCAAUUCGUGAUUUGGGUACCCUGAGAAACGCUUCUCGCUUCUUCUCCGGCGCGGUCGCCGGGCAUCUCGGCCGGGAUCCAGAAUCCACCGCGCCGAUCACUUACCAGAUCGCCAUGAACGCUUUUCGAGUGUUUAUGAGCCAGGGACGGACUCGCGGGGUACGGAUUCAUGCCGAAUUUGAGGUUGUCUUGGAGCCAGACGGAUUCUUUGACGGCGGCGUUCUGGUUCUCGAUGCUCUGCCAUACCCAGAGAAUCUUGAUUAUGUGGAGAGACAUCCCAAUUUUGUGGGCUCGAACAGAGGAAUCCCGGCGGGCGGAUUCAUGGACGGCGGUGCCCUAGUUCUGGAUUCUCUGCCGCCGUACGAGGAGGAAGUGUAUGACUCUGUGGAUGGGAUAAUUCCCAAUUUCGUUCGCUCGAACAGAGGAAUUCCGGCGGGCGGAUUCAUGGACGGCGGUGCCCUAGUUCUGGAUUCUCUGCCGCCAUACGAGGAGGAAGUGUAUGACUCUGUGGAUGGGAUUAUUCCCAAUUUCGUUCGCUCGAACAGGGGGAUGACGGCGGCGGAGAUUUCUCGGUUGGAAAAAGUGACCCAAAUCGGCGGCGAAGGCGGAACUUGCUCCGUCUGUCUGGACGAUUUCUCCGCCGGCGACUUGAUUACGCCGCUGACGCCGUGCUCUCACAGCUUUCAUGCGGGUUGUAUUGAGAUUUGGCUAAGGAAAAGUCGAAGUUGCCCUGUGUGCAGAACAAUAUGCACAACUCUUUGAUGAUCGGCGGCCUGCCGGAAAUUUUUGGGGGUAACAGAACAUGUGUUUUCGGCGCCGGCGGCAAACAGAGCCUUUUAUUCUUUUUAGAUGUUUUUUUAGGUUUAAAAAUUUCUUUACCCCUAGGAUUGAUUUUUUUAUUUCAAAAAAAAAAAAAUUAGGGCUGAUUUUUAGGUGUAAAACUCGAAAGAAAGUACUUGUACUUUC